AUGUUAUUCGAGGCAAAAAAUCGACAUUAUCACGGAUCAUUGUCGUAUUUAUACAAUAACAAUAAUGAUAAUCGUUCGUCAAGUAAUGGCAGCUUGUAUGAUAAUAUCGGAUUAUUAUCAAUAACAAGAAAUGGGAAAUUUUCGAAACAGCGACGAGAUGAAUUGCUUCAGGAGCAAAGACGUUCUACUGCCCAACAGCUCGUGCCAGGUAGUGUUCACUCGGAAAGAAUGGAACGUUGCAAAAAUUGUUGCAAAUCAUUUACCACAUUUAUCUUUUCACGCGUUGGCCUUUGUCUGCUUGUCGUCGCAUAUGCAUUCGGUGGAGGUGUGGUGUUUCAAUUUCUUGAAGCAAAUGCAGAAGAUGAGAAAGCGAACAAAGUGCAACAACAUCUCGAUAUAACUGUCGAAAGAUUACUUCAACAUAGUAUGAACUCGUCGUAUUUACAUCCCGAUACCUGGAUGCAUGCAGCUAAAGUCAUCCUUGAAGAUUAUCAAAAAGACAUUGUUAAACAAACGAAGCGUGGCUAUCAAGGCGAACGAUCGUUAGACGAUACGAAACAAUGGAAUUUUCCAGGGGCGAUUCUCUACGCAAUAACAGUCAUAACAACGAUCGGUUACGGACACAUUACUUGUCAAACCAAUUAUGGAAAAAUCAUGACAAUGAUCUACGCAAUCUUCGGUAUCCCAUUGAUGCUGCUAUGCUUAGCCAACAUCGGUUCAACUAUGGCUGAUGCAUUUCGUUUCAUCUACUGCAAUAUCUGCUGUUCAUACUGUAAUAUGGUGAAGAAACGACGGAAUUUACGUGCACUACAAUCUGUCGAAUUAUCACGUAAUGCAUCCUCAUCUAUACCUCAAUCUUCGAUGGGAACAACAAUGAAUUCAACUUCGGUUCAGCCACCUGUAGCUAAUCUGGAACAACCAGCUCCUACUAAUGUCGUCGAGUUUGUCGAUAACUUAAGCGUUGAUUAUCGUAAAGUUACCAUACCGAUCAGUGUCACACUCUCACUACUCUCAUCCUAUUUGAUACUUGGCGCUGUACUUUUCAGCGAAUGGGAAAAUUGGAAUUUUUUGGACGGUGCUUAUUUUUGUUUUGUCACAUUGGCAACGAUCGGUUUAGGUGAUCUUGUUCCUGGUAAAUCGAUAACAUCGACUCAAGUUGAAGGUAAAUUGAUCAUAUGUGCUCUGUAUGUUUUACUUGGUUUAUCAUUAAUGGCAAUGUGUUUCAAUUUGAUGCAAGAAGAAGUUCGAGCGAAAUUUCGGCGAUUAGGAAAUAAACUUGGCAUCAUUGAUGAUCCAAACUUUUGGUAG